AUGAGUGCUGUGAAUAGCGGGGAACCUAAGCCGGAGAAUCCCGGUGCGAGUUCGUCAUCUGGAAGCGAAUUGCUUCAGCGAGAGGAAGUGAAGAAGGUUCUCUCGUCAGAUAUCGCAAUUAACGCCUUAUUGUCAAGGCUGAAGAGUUCACUUCUAACGUGCGAAGAGUUCACCAAGUUUGUGAGGAAGAAGUACCUGUACGAGGAAGAACAUGCACAGGAGAUGACCAAGACUACCAAACACUUUUUCCAGCAGUCGGGCCACUCGGGACUUUCGCGUUCCAUCCAUCAACUGUUGGAAUUCGACAACAAGCUUUCGCAGGUCAAGGUGUCUUACGUGCGGGCAUUGCAAAAGAUAUACGAUGAGUUAACAGCCUUGCUGUUGACCGUUACUAAGACCAGAAAAUCAGUGAAAGAGAGAAGUAGAAGGCUAGAGAAAGAUGUCUCCGAUGCCAUUCACUCCGCAGAAAAGGCCAAAUCCAGGUACAUCUCUCUAUGCCAGGAUUGGGAAAAGUUGAGACUUGCCGACCCAACCAAGACUAAGUUAACUUUAAGAGGAUCCAAGACAACAAAGGAACAAGAAGAGGAUCUACAAAGAAAAAUUGACAACGCCGAUAUUGAGUACAAGCAAAAAGUGGAUCACUCAAAUUCUUUGAGAAACACGUUCCUUAGUAGAGAACGUCCUCAAAUUGUGUCUGAACUAACCGAUCUGAUCUUAGAAAUGGACACAGCUAUGUCUAUCCAGUUGCAAAAAUACACUAUAUGGACCGAAAAUAUGAUCUUAAAUAGCGGUGUUUCGAUUAACCCAGUCGAUGGUAACUCAAAGUCUAUGAGGAAUGCAGCAACUUCUAUGAACAACGAACUUGACCUUUACAAUUCUUUAAACAAAUAUAACACCUCAAAGUCUGCGUCAAUGGUAAAUAAAAAUCUCAUCCCAGUUGAAUACAAGAAACAUCCAUCAAUGGCAAAAUCGUACACUUCGUCUGCUAUGGGCGGCAGCAGCACAUUCGGCAAGAUAUCCGGACCUUCCAAUUUUGUUGUUAACACAUCAAAGAACUCUUUACCAAAAAGAGUGAUGUCUACUCAAAACGAGUCUCCAUUUGUCGCGUCUUCUGCUUCUACCGGGCUAGGAGGCACUGUAUCACCACAAAACCACAAUGUUCAGCCUUCAUCAGCAUCAAGCGGACAUUCGCAAAUGUCAAGCAAUGGAAAUUCUAUAACACCAUCAUCUUCAAGGCCACUUAAAUCCAUGGUUGACAUUGCUAUCCCAUCCAGUGCUCCUGCUACUGGAUACGGUUCAAAUACCAAUGGCUCAUCAGGUCCAGCUCCUAAUUCUGCUCCCAGCCAAGUGAAUAACAGUAACGGUUCCGGGAAUGGCAUAAGUAAUGGAAUUGGAAAUGACAGUAAUCAAGACUUUCCAACUCUCGACCCAGGUGCGAAUGCUCGCCAAACUAGCAUCGCUCAUUCCAUUGCAACCACUACUGACACAAUGAAUAGGCCUACUUCGACUGUACAAACCAUCGGAUCUUUACCUCCUGGCACUACAAAGGACUUUAAAACUUUUGGUAUGCCAUUGGAAAAUUUGCUGGACUACGAUCAAGAUCUGGUUCCAGCUAUUGUUCGUCAAUGUAUUUACGUUGUUGACAAGUACGGGUUGGAUUUAGAAGGUAUUUAUCGUAAAUCUGCUAACGUUCUGGACGUAUCCAGACUAAAAAGUGAGAUAGAUAAGGAUCCUUCCAAUAUAUUCAUGAUUCUUCCCUCCAAAAAUUACACCGACUCUGAUAUAUACUUAGUUGGUUCAUUGUUAAAGACCUUCUUUGCCAAUCUACCAGACACCUUGAUGCCUAGGGAAAUGACUGAUGAAAUCAAGACAUGUUUAUCCAUAGAUGAUCCAACUACUAGGAGGAACUAUAUGCAUGGGAUCAUCUACAAACUACCCGAUGGUCAAUAUUGGACAAUCAGAGCUUUGAUAUUCCAUUUGAAGCGUGUCUUAGAACACGAAGCUCAAAAUAGAAUGGGAUUAAAAGCUCUUUGUAUUAUUUGGGGUCCAACAAUAAUAUCACCCAAUAAUGAAGACCUGAAUGACGUUAAUUACCAGAUAAGUGCAAUGAGGCUCUUGUUCGAUGUGGCGGACCAAGCAUUUGAACCUGAGUAA